GGGGGGUGGGAAGCGGGGAGAGGGAGAAGAGGGCACUCGCUGCGCCAGGCACAGCACAGCGGGCGAAGUUAUAGAAGGUAUCAACAGGAGGCAGACGGUGAUACAGCAUUUCGUUUGUCUGCCGGCCGGUGAUGCCACGACUGGGGGAGAGGUGUAAAAAUAAUAAAAACAACAGAAAACAAAAGAUUGGGUACAAAGCCGGGCGAUCGUCGAUGGCGGCGGUACAGAGGCAGCGACCCGGCCAGCGUGAGGCCCUUGGGCCAUGGUCGACGGCGCAUGGCGAUGUAUGUACCAGGAACAAGGAGAUCGAGUACUUACUGCAUGUCGUUGGACGGGUGGGGGGAGUUGGAGUAGACGUAGUCCGGCACGGGGCCGACUUGCCACUGCUGCAUGAUCUGAGGAUAGCGCACACGAACAAGGUCAGUAACGAUCUCGUGUCUCUUUUUAAGCUUUUCGCGGAAUUAAAGAGGAUUUCAGGAUGUAGCAAAGAAAAAAAAAGGGCCCGCGCGUGUUUUUUUCUGCUCUCCAGACAGAGAGACUGUCGCACGCGGCGCGUCCAGGGCUCGACAAGGCUGUCGACCGCAGGACAAGAAAAAAAUAAAAAAUAAAAGAGGAAAAUACAGAGAGGGGUUUCUGUCUGCCUGUCUGUCUGUCUCUUCUGCUGCUCAAGCACCGCUUACGCGCAGCGCACGCGUAGUCAAGCUUCGGCGGAUGCCGUCAAGAACUGCAACGGCACGACGCGACGCAGGCCAAGAAGCAUGAAUCCGGGCACUGGCGCAUCAACAAUGGGAACACACGAAGCAUCCCCGUCGAAGCUGGACGGACUGUUGCGAGGGCACAAGGUGAAGAAGCCGGCGAGGAGGGAGCAAGGGGGGAAGAGAGAGAGGAAGUCCU